AUGGCCUGUUUGACGCCCGCGCGAGGGAGCGUCCGGUCGACUGUUACUGUCUGGAAGUCGGCGCAGGCGUCGCCAUACCCUAGCAAUGUUCGAUGCGUUCCGAACUGGUCGACAAAUUUAACUAGAAUAACAUGCACGAGACACUACUCUCCUGCUCAUAAACGCCGUGCACAGGACGAGCUGGAACGACUCGAGAUCAGGGAGAAGACGGAAGCAAACGACGAGGCGAGCUCGCGGACGCACCAGCAGCUCGAAGACGCCAUGACAAAGGGCAAGCUCCUGACGACCCCGUCGCGGCUGUUCAAACUGCUCAUCCCCCUGCCCACGGCCCAUCACAACCGCAAACACAUGGGUAGAGCUCCAAUAAUGCCCUCUUCAUUUUCCAUGCAUCCUAACUCCUUUGGUGUAGACGUCGAGCCAAUCGCCAUCCUCAUCCACCCGCAACAACCCCUCUCCUACCUGGAACGCCUCAUCCAGAACGAAGUCCCGCCCAUCACGAUCAACCAGGGCGAACCGCGCCCGCCGACGGUAUCGUUUAUCGCACUGCAAAUCGAAGACAAACCGGUCAAGCCGCACAAGACCGUCUACGAGGAGACGGACGCGGAGGUGCGGCGGCUGGGGGGCAUGGGGGCGGGCGACGAGGCGCGGCGGGCGCGGCGGUGCCCCGACGAAGGCGACGACACGUACAGCUACCUCCGGCGCCCCACACCACCCGACUCGUCGUCGUCGUCGUCGUCGGCGCCAAGCAGCCGGGAGCAGCGGUUCGUGCGGUGGUCGACAUCGACGGAAAUCGGCGACUUCGUGCGGGACGCGUCGCGGGCGCGCGAGUUCAUCGUGAACAUCGAGGGUGCGGCGGCGGGCGUGCGACAGGUGCACGUGGCGGUGCCGUCGUUCGACGAGCGGACGUAUUUCCUGCGGAUGCGGCUGCGGCGCAUCUCGGAGAAGAUCCGGCGGAUCGCGGAGAUCAAGAACGAGUGCGAUGAGCUGGCGCAGCGCGGCGCGCAACGCGUGGCGCUCGGCGGGUUCGGCGUGCUCGCGCUGUGGUGGUACCUGGUGUACAAGCUGACGUUUGAGACGGACCUGGGCUGGGACACGAUGGAGCCGGUGACGUACCUGGUCAGUCUGUCGACGCUGAUGGGCGGCUACUUGUGGUUCCUGUACCACAACCGCGAGAUCUCGUACCGGUCGGCGCUGGACUUUACGAUCAACGCGCGGCAGAAGAAGCUGUACCAGACCAAGGGGGUGGAUCUGCCGCUGUGGGAGUCGCUGAUCGACGAGGGCAAUACGCUGCGCAAGGAGAUCAAGAGCAUUGCGGCCGAGUACGAGGUCUACUGGGACGAGAAGCGCGACGAGCGCGACGAGCGCGUCACCGAGGCGCUGAAGAAGGAACGAAACCAGAAGAAUGGAUCCCAUCGCGCCAACGACAAGGAUGAUGAUGAUGAAUAA